AUGUUCUCUUUCGCCAAAAGAUUAGUCGAACGAUUGGAAGGGGCCCCACGAAAUGAGAAACCGGAUCCAUAUUUCCAGGAUCUUUGGAAAAUCAACAACGGUGGGCAUGGGCUUCGAGUGCUCUCCGUUAUGCCUCAUUCCACAGCUCAACAGCUUGGAUUUGAGGCGUUUUUUGAUUUCAUCGUCAAAGUAAACAAUCAUGAGUUACCAAUGUUAUACCCUGGGGGAUCACAUGGAUCCUACAGUAUUAAUGACGAUGGUUCCAUAAACUACGGCAAGAAUUCCUCGGGAGAAGAGAGCAUGCUCGAUUACAAUCGCAUGUCUGAGGAAUUGAAACAACUCGCAUCCAGUCCGAGCAAAACAGUCACAUUUGAUGUUUGGAGUGCUAAGGGUGGAAUUACACGCCAAAUCACUGCAUCCCUCGCAAAUUUUGAGACAGAUGAAUACUCUAUUGAAGGGGUGCAAAAAUUAUACACGGAUCUUUUCAAGCCACUUGGCAUUAUUGUGCAAAUGAAUCACUUGAGAAAAGCAACAUAUGUAUGGCGCAUCUUAAACACACAUAAGGACUCGCCAGCAUUUCAGGCCCAGUUGAUUCCCUAUUCGGAUUAUGUCAUAGGUUGUGAUUCAUCUUUCCCUUCUGACGAGAAUGGAAAAGGGCUUUUACUAGAUGGUGGAGAAACCUUAUUUUCCAAAACAAUCCUGGGUUACUACAACCACCAUGCAGCAAUUCUUCGAGAAGACAACAUUCCGAUUACUUUAUACGUCUAUAACCAUGACUACGAUAUCUUACGUCCUGUGACGGUCAACCUAUCUCGAUCAUGGUCAAAGGGUGAGAAUCGUGGUAUCUUGGGCUGUGAUGUUGGUUAUGGGCUUCUCCAUCGACUCCCAGAAGUCAUUGGGAAGUUUGAUAAAGGUGCUGAUGUGAUAGAAGAUACUUUAUUCGACAACAAGGAAACUAUUGGUUACAAUUUGCAUGAACAUGAUGUCCCCUCCCAACCAGAGGAGACAGAAAAUAAGCAUGACCCAACUCCUGCUACUUCGCUGAUGCCAAUAAAUCCACCAGUCGGAAACUUAGCUCCCAUCAACCCUAUUGUCUCAGCCAGCCAGUUGAUCAGUCCUCCAGCGAAGUCUUCAAAAAAGAAGCGUCAUCAUGCGCCUGUACCUAUGAACAACUUGGCCGACUUUAUGAAUGAAGAACUUUCAAAAUCAAAAGCUAAGGAUGUGUUGAACCCUACAAACCUGAGUGCGCAACAGGCUCCACCUCCUCCUCCACCAACCAAGCAUAAAUAA